GCCUAUUUAAAAAUCUAGAUAUACCUAUUGCUAGUAAAAGCGCUGCUUACAUAAUCUGUACGUCAGGAACCACUGGACGACAAAAGGCAAUAGUGCAUAGGGGUCGCUCAGAAAUCAUAUGAUCGGUUAGGAGAAUGAAUCUCGAAAAUAUCACAAUUGAUCACUAGCAGGGCGAAGAGAAAGUCAAUGUGACUUAUCACGUGGUCAAAGUAUCUGAAAAGCAGAAAACAAAUUCUGAAAUGAUGCCAGACUCUACCGUCAAGGCAUUGAGACACGCUGAUGAUGGAGCUAAUAAAACAAUGAUGAUAGAUAGAUAAUCCUACUAGAUUUAAAACACAAUAAGCAAUACCAAAUACAUGAUUUUUUAUCUACUGAAAAAAGUUCUCUUAUAUAUCAUCAAAUUACGAAUCGUUUCUGUUAGCGUCAGUGAUGAUACAUACUGACGUUAAACGAAGAUUCAAAUAGUCUUUCUUGUCUAACUGACUUAGGACAUCAGCCUGGCAAGUAGAAGGUGUAGGUUCGAGUCCCACAAAGGUCAUCUUUUCUUCAUUCUGUAACAUAACAUCACUGACACUGCUUGCCCUUGCGUUCUAUACAUAUAAGAGCUAACAGUUUGGAGAUGCAUUCUUUAGCUUUUAUAAUAUGUUAGAAAAAGAAGUAGAAAACCUAAAAUAUCUUUUUAAAAGUGUAUCUGUGUGAUUUACUUUAGGAUGCAUAUAAAUUACUGAAUGCUGAAUGAAGACAAACUAAGAAAAACAAUGUACUAUUUUAGCAAAAACUUGAGAAAUAUUCUACGAAAGACAGAAUUACUGUAGCGAAGAAUACUUUAUUAAUAUGACAAGAGAAUUAAAUAUUAAUUUACCCAUAAAUUCUAAUAAUAUUAUUUUUGAAGAUAUAGAUAUAUCUUCUACAUCGUCUGCUACAACAACAACUUAUUCUUCUAUUACAAAUAAUGCUGAUAAUAAUCCAACAAUGAAAUAA